AUGGAGAUAGUCAACUGGCUUCCACUUCUCCUACCCCUAUUUGCACAGCAAGUACAUGGCGAUGCAACGCCAGUAGACAACGGCAGGGGUGCCUUCGACGCCGGCGACUAUGGCAGCCAUCCGAACCAGACAUUCGUGCCGAGUUGCAUCGUCGCCCCUCUCUUCAGGGAAUACGGCGCCGGGUCUGGUCCGCUGAUCUUCCGGUCCGAUGAUCUGAGCCUGGUCUACGCCAACACGACGUGGAACGAGUCGAUCAAUCUAGAUGUCUAA